GGCAGUAACGAUGAACUGCGUCGAGAACUACAAGAAACCCGGCUGGUCGCAGCAACUGCCCAACUCCAACUCGAUGCACAGACCGAGCGGCUGACCAACUUGGAGACGCAACUGCGAAAUGAAGGCGGCCUGCGCUCGGGAUCGUUGGAACAACUUCUUACUAUACAACAGGUCCCGACUACGGCCCUGCCCUCGACGGGCUUGUCUGCCGGCGCCGGGGAGACUAUUGCGGCCCUCGAGGAGCACCUGGUAAUAGCUCUGCACGAGGCAGAGGAGAAGGCGCAGCAAAUCAAAGAACUGGAGCGGAAUCUGGAAGAUCUGCGAAGGAAGUUUGCCCUUUGUAGGCAUAAACAGGGCCUCCUAUACAACGACUUCUCUGUGGAACGAAAGGUAAUUCCUAAUUUUAUGGUUAAAGACGGAGCAAAAACAAUUGUUUUAAAAAUAUGCGCUUAA